UACAGAUUACAGCGAUACUUGUGGCUGGUAGACAGAACUGAAGGCAUGAAAGGACCGAAGGAACCUCCACAGCUGUAUCCAGAUUUCACCACGUUCGAAACAGGGUUUGUGGCACGUUCGUGGUUUGAAAUAACAACAAAAAAGUGUCAUGGCUUCCAAAGCCCAUGUGGACAGCACGGUGAACGAACGCCGACUGAGGCCGAUUUACGACUGGCUAGAUAAUGGAAAUAAUAAAAAGGCUCUUCAAGAGGCUGAAAAAGUCCUCAGAAAACAACCGAGCAAUCAAUGUGCCAGAGUACUCAAAGCACUGGCCCUCCUCCGCCUAGGCAAGGAAGAUGAUUGUCAGAUGAUUAUGGAAAAGGUGAGAGCAGAGAUUCCCUGUGAUGACUCCACUCUACAGGCCAUGAGUAUCUGUUAUCGGGAAAUCCAUCAACCGGAUAAAAUCAGUGAAUUAUAUGAGGCAGCAGCUAAAGCAGACCCAACCAAUGAAGAGCUCCUUACCCAUCUAUUUAUGUCAUACGUACGACUAUGUGAUUUUAAAAAACAACAACAAACGGCUGUAGCUCUCUACAAAUUGAAGCCUAGGAAUCCAUACUACUUUUGGGCCGUCAUGAGUGUUGUUAUGCAGGCCAUGCAAGCUGAUGAAAGGCUAGCCAAAGGGGUUGUGCUCCCACUUGCAGAGAGGAUGAUUUUGAAAAUGGUGAAUGAGGGAAAAAUUGAGGCCGAGCAAGAAGUUCACUUGUACCUUAUGGUGUUAGAGUUACAAGGCAAAGAGGAGGAAAUUAUGGAAGUGCUAUCGGGACCCCUUGCUUUUCGCCUGUCUUCUUUACCUCAGCGAAGAGCUAUGCUUCUCUUGCAGUUGAAGCGAUACUCAGAAGCAGCUAGUACUUUUAAAGAAUUAAUUGAGGGAGACAUUGACAACUGGGCUUACCACCGAGACUAUUUAGUAGCUGCUGUGAAAUCAGAGGCACCUCAAAAGUGUUUAGAAUUCUUGAAUGAAAUAGUUUCGGGGAAAGGCAAGAAGGCCAGAGCACCUCGACUAGCUCGUUUUGAAUUGCUAAAACACGCACGUCUAUUGAAAAUCGAGCUGGACUCGUAUGAUCCACUGGAACUGAUGCGCCAAUAUUUCACACAAUUUGGAGAAAAAGGCUGUGUUGUUAGGGACUUGGAGUUAUACUUACAUCUUCUAGAAUCCGACAAAAGGCUAAAUCUGAUCAAAAUGCUAGAACAAGAUGUAGGUGUUGAAGUUGAUGGUUAUCCUUCUACGCUUACUCAGAUGCAGAGGCAUAUUCAUUUAGAACAACUACGGCGUAUAUGUGGCCUUUAUCAUUCUCCUCAUACAAGUCUGGAAGCACGUAUCAGUUUGGCGGAUCGCCUUUGUGUUCUCUAUGAAAAGGGGAAUGAUUUGUGUCCUACUAGUGACCGAUUACCAACAGAUUUCUGUCCUGCUGAUGCAUAUGCUCUUUUGGCCACACACUUGUUUCAUCAACUCUGGGUGGAAACGCAAGAGGCAUCCUAUUUGUACAGGGCAAUGGCGAUACUAGAGCGGAGUCUGGUAUUUAGUCCAUCAAAUUUUCAUACAAAGAUUUUAUUGGUGCGAGUUUAUCUGGAAGCUGGUCUCAUUGGCGCAGCUCAUUAUACGUUUACAUUACUGGAUGCCAAACACAUUCAGUUGGAUUCAUUAGGGCACCUACACGCCCCACUCCUCGCGUGCUUAGGGCAUUUGUCACAAGCAUCUUCAACCCUUGAUCAUGCUGCGAAAUUCUUUGUGACUAAUUAUAAAGAUAGCGCGGAUCACUUGACGUUUGCCUACAAAUACGGGAGCUUUGUAAAAAUUCAGGAAUUCGUUGAACUGAGAAAGCGUUUGGACAACUCGUUGCACUUUGCAAUGACAACAGUGGACAAAAUGUUGCUUGAACUUAGUUGGUGCGAUAGUCCUACCAUUCUCUCCGCCAUGCUUGCUUCCAUGCGAAUACAACCUCAACAAGAUUCUAUCAGAUGGAACCUUAUCAGAGAUAAUAGAGAUCUUGAGGUGGUCAUCGGUUGGGAGCCUCUAGGAAGUUAUCAAAAAGACCCCUAUUAUCGAGAAGAGACACGCACCUGUAUGCUACGGUUGCUUUCCGCGAGAAACCUGUUACUACGAGUAGUCGCCGCGGCUGCAGAGGUUGAGUCAUCGUCAUUGCUCACACAGCUAGCAAGCGAGCUCAGACAAUUGCAACAGGAACUGAUUCCUGAAAUAUUGAACAAUUUGAAAGACCAAGGGAGUAGCGCGCAGAGCCUGUUAGUCCCUCUUGAUGCGGUUGAACGUUUACGGGAAGCUCAUGAAUCAGAACAGUUGAAGAUAAUUGCGCAACUUGCAGACUGUCUUGCUGGUUCUGUGUCUCCUGAUUCUCAGUGCCUACAGGAACUAAACGCAACUCCCUGCCUUCGGACACUUCCAAUACCGUGUCGAACAUCUCCAGCUUCUUACAAACCAUUUUUCUUGCGUGCGGCAACUUGCGGUGAAACACUUUCUCUGUUAGGAGCCAUUUGUUGUGCCUAUAACGUAUCUCAAUCCCCGACAUCAAUCAAGAAGAACAACAAAAAGUUGGGAAAGAGAGCUCAGCUACCUCUACUCCAUCAAUUAGGAGAUGGCUGGAAAGAUGUGACGAGCUUGCUAAUGGAAAGAGCAAAUGUGUUGGACUCAGUUCUUACAAUAUUAGAGAAGGUGCAGUUGACCACAGGCCUGGACGCUAAUGAUAUGGCAGUUACAACUGUUAUGGAACGUGGCCAAGAAAGCAUCGCACAGAGUUGUAGAGAGCUCAAGUCUCGUGUUCAGCUAACUCUAAAACUUUUAAGUAGCUUGAAAAGCUGAAAACGUUAGGAAACUUCUGUACAAAAUUCAUUCAUUCGCUCGUUCACCAGUCCGAGAGUGCCAUCUUGUUAUUUAUGUACAUAAGGCUUAGCGAUUGCAAAUUAAUAUCGAUCAGAUUAUCGAUAUAAUAAAAUGAUGGCUCUCCCAAAUGUUGAUUAUACCUUGGUCACAAAUUAACACAUUAGGCACGUGCUGUUGAUGGAUAUGAUAUAUUUGUGAAUAUUUACUCAUAUUCUUAUCCUAUCGUAUUUACAUUUUUCGUUUUUUUAAUUUGACAAAACGAUAAAUAUUGACCAAAUCGGUCCUAUAAUCGUACAUACGUGUCAAAAUUUUUCCAUCAAUCACCUUGUACUAAAAUUCUAAUAAGAUUAACGCUUUUGUAUUAUACGGGUUUGAAUACUUGUUGAAAUACAAACUGCCAAUAAUAAGUGAAAAACAACUGAAUAAAUACAUCACAUAUCAAUGUGUUACGAUUCAAAUACAAAAA